GCAGCUGCGCUCCAUAGAUGCUGGGUUACUUGUUGUUCCUAGGGUCUUAAAAAGCACGAUGAGAGUCAGAGCCUUCAGUGAUCAAGCUUCUCUUUUGUGGAAGCAGCAUCCACUUUCAGUCUGGGGGGCAGAUUUGGUCAGCUCUUUUAAGAUGAAGCUUAAAACUGUCCUCUUUGAUGUCGCUUACAGUUACAGCUGGCUCAGGUUUGCCCGGACCAGCCCUUAGUUAAGCUGCUUUAGGCCUAGACUGCCGGGGAGUGUUCACUUUCCCAUUAAAUUGUAUUAUCUUUACCCAGAAGGGUAAUACAAUAGAAAAAUUGUCUUAAAGCUGUAUUUAAUGGGGGAAAAAAUCACGUAAUUGCACUGUGUAAUGAAACUGCUACUCAAACUACACACUCCAGUACAGUAGGUGGCGGUAUGCAUCAUUUCAUGUUGGUUGCGACCCGGCAAUCCAAUUAAUAGAGGAAGAAAAAGGCCGCUGAUCGGCGAUCAUAGUAAGAAACGGAACCUUAAUGUGACUGAGGUCUGCAGUCGGAACUUUAAAGAUGUGACACCUAGCCCUUGCUUCGUCUUGGCGGUGCAGAUUUAAUCGGUAAUUAAGCUACAAUGUCUUCAGUUGAGAAUUUGAGAGAGUUUGUCAAUGAGCGACUAUCUGCUGCUGCUGAAGAAAUAUUCGGAGUUUUUAAAAGAACCGUCGUCGAGUACCAGGAAGAGAUCGACCGGCAGCGCAGACUGUUGGAUGUUUUAUGGAAACCCGAAGUGAGGUUACACAGGAUAGAGCUCCCACAGUCACGUGUCUGUAAGGAGGAGGAGCUUCUCUCUGACCAGCAGCUCUGUCUCCAGGAGAGGAAGCCCAGUCUGGACCAAGAGGACCCAGAUCCUCCAGAGAUUAAAGAGGAACAGGAGGAACUCUGCACCAGUCCAGAGGGAGAGCAGCUUGAACCGAAGCAGGAGGCCUUUACGUUGACUCCUACUUGUGAGGAAAGAGGCCACGGUGAAGAUCAACUUCUGGACUCGUGUACUGAUGAAACUGAGAGUGUGGUACAGGAAACAUUUCUAGAAUACAUUUCAUUUGAAAGCAUCGCUGCAGUUGAACUAAACAAUGACCACAAGCUUCUCUCUCACAAUCCUCAUGAAUCUGAUGGCCGAGAUCAGAAAGGAGUAAAACUUAGUUUAACAUCAAACAAGGAACCAGCUCCUCCGAGUGAGAAGCCGUUUUUGUGCAGAGAUUGUGGGAAAUACUUUCAACAUAGAAAUAGCUUGUUGGGCCACAUGAGAAGAACCCACAGAGUUGAUCAACCAUAUGUAUGCAACACCUGUGGGAAAAGAUUCUCUCAUGAAUCAGUACUCAAGGCCCAUAACAGAGUCCAUAGUAAUGAGAAACCCUUUUCUUGCAAAACAUGUGGAAAAUAUUUCAAAUGUAGUUAUAGCUUAAAAGCCCACAUGAAAGUUCACAGUGGGGAAAGGCCGUAUUCCUGCCUCACCUGUGGGAAAACAUUCACUCAGUCAUCAAAUUUGAAGUCUCAUAUAAGAACCCAUAGUGGGGAGAAGCCACAUUCCUGCACCGAAUGUGGGAAGACAUUCACUCAGAAAUCAAAUUUGAAGUCUCAUAUAAGAAUUCAUAGUGGGGAGAGGCCAUAUUCCUGCAUCACCUGCGGGACAACAUUCUCUCGGACAUCACGUUUAAAGCGUCAUAUAAGAAUCCACACUGGGGAGAAGCCCUAUUCUUGCAAUACAUUCACUCACACAUUUGCAGUCUCAUAAGAAUUCGAAAUGGGGAGACGUCAUAUUCCUGUAAAAAAUAUAUGAAAGAGGUUUCAAAAAUUCUAGUAACUUAGUUUUUCUCAGUUCCUUUGGUACAUUUCUCAGAUUAAAAAUUAAAUGAUCAAAACUA